UCGGCGUUCUUUAUCGAUUUCAAUAACUGAUUAGAUGACUCAAAAAACUUUCCACAAUUAAAAAUGCUUUGGCGGUUUAUUAUUGUGUUAUGAAACUUAAAUUCGAACAAAGAAAUUUACAUAGUUGAUUUGCUAUGUUGCGUGUGUUUAUAUGUGGAGCUCAUAGCUCUGGCAAAACCACAUUACUCCAAAGUUUACUCGUAGAACCUGGCCACGAUUUUCAUGUGGUGAAUGAAAUAGCCCGGAAAAUACUCGCCAAAAAUCGAUGGCAGGCCGAAGACUUCAAUCCGAAGAUAAAUCCCGCCACAUUUUACGAGUUCCAGCUGCAAAUUUUGCGAGCACAAUGGCAUAGCGAUGUAGAACUUUGCAGACAAAAUACAACGUACAUAAGUGACCGUGGACUAGAUCCGAUAAUAUAUUGCAAAAUGUAUCUGGGCGAAGAAUGGUUUAGGAAGAUUAUGAACACCAAAGAAGCCGAAGAAUGUAUCAAAAGGCAUAAAGCUUCAAACACAUUGACGGUGAUAAUCAGGCCGCAUAGAGAAUGCAUUCAGGAAGACGGGACAAGAAUGGUGCCCAAAAUGGAAGAGCUUGUCAAAUUUACAGAAAUAUUUCUCGAGUUCUUUAAAGAGUAUGAUAUUCAGUAUGAGAUUAUAGAAGAGUUAUGCCUGGAUACAAGAGUUGCUCUCCUAAAAUCCUUCAUCGAUGCCAAAAAAUAGAGAGAAGAAUUACGGUAUUCACAUCCUUACGAGUUAAAUGGCGAGUUUGAAUGCUCAAAUAAACCGGUUCGUUAUAUAAUAAAAUAAACGCCACAAUGUGCUGACUCUGGUUCAGUAAAGUUAUUCCUAGUGCUUGACAGUCCAGUUAUUUUUUGACAGAAGUAGAAAAUGGGGCAAAGUUUAUCCUCACUCCCGCUUCACUUGACAUCAACAGCCUGAUUUAUACAGGAGAUAUACGGAGACAAUCCGUGUGUGCGGAAACAAGGAUAACGUUGUGCAUUCGUCAGCGCGCCCUCAACACGCGGUCACACCGAUGAAAUAACACGCUGACUUCUGGGCCUGGAUACGAAAGCUUCACAGCGCUAUCCACCGGAUAGUGGUUUUUUAAUGCUCAAAAAUUGCCCGUUGUUCGGCAUAACCUGAAUUUGAAUUUAGUAUUCUUAAAUUUGGGGUUCUUUGCCAAUCUAUAAUUUCAUUGAUCUUAAAGCAUGUUUAAAACGGCUGAAUAAAUCACUAUCCGGUGGAUAGCGCUGUCCACUCAGCUUUAGUACAACCGCCCCUGUUGAUUUCAGCUAGGACUAAAUAUGCAUGAUAUAGGCAUUUUACUCAUUCUAAGAUGCUUUUUUCCCACUAUGGUGUGGGAUUGUGUUCCGUUUCGCCAGAACACAAUCUCACACCAUUGCCGGAAAAAAGCAUCUUAGAAUGAGUAAAAUUCCUAUAUCGUAUUUAGUCCCAGCUGAAAUCAGAAAUUUACUGUUUAUUUAAUCCUUGAGACUAGGUUAGGUUUACGGUAAGAUUUAGCAUUUGUGUUUACCUUAAUCAGCCAUAAACCCAGGCAGGCCAGGCUUUUGUGGCCCUCAGAGCGCAGGUAGAAAAACCUGGCUUGCGAGGUUGCCAUAAACCAAACCUAGGACCUAAUCUGAAACUCGAGCACUAAAUUAGUGUAUUUAGCUUUACGAUCAUUCAUUACUGAACAUGGUAUAGCAUAUGUAUUAUAGUCCUGGUUACCAGGAUGGGUACGAAUAGCUAAGAGUAACCAAUUAUUGAUCACAUUUUUUUUCCGAGUUGACAAUGCAAUUACUUAAAUACACAUUCAUAUUUAGUCAAGAUGACUUAGUAAAAUAGCUUGCUAUUCGAUGUGAAAUAAAAACACAUUAUUGCUGCGAGCGAAGCGAGGAGCAUUCUAUUCUGUAUGCGUAUACGAUCUCGUAGUCUACGCAUAGACGGUAUAUGGCGGAAAUACCCCGCCUUUCUAUUUCGGGCAUGGGCCUAUUUCGGGCAUGGGUCUGCGGCGCAGGCUAACGAUCUCGCUGUUUUGGUAUGUAUGUAGUGUGUGACGUCAUGAUAAAUUUCAUGUGUGUGACGUCAUGAUAAAUAUUAUAAACCUAUUUUAGAUAUGUUUCAUAUAAUUUAGAUAUGUGUCACAUUAUGUUAGGAAAAAAUUAAAUAAAA